CAAUUUUCUUUCAAUAACAAACAUAGUGUUCAGUUUCAAAUCUCAUUUCAGACAAAACCCUCAUCACGAAGUUCAGAAACGUGAAUCGUGCGAACAACGCCUGUUACCAAAGUUUCACAUUGCAUUUCAAACGCCCUCAAUUUGAGGUUGAAACGCCAGAUCUUCAGAUUUGGAGCUCCAUCAGCAGCCACAGUGUGCGGCGGAAAAGCUCUCUGCUACUUCCGUCAACACUUUGAAGAAGAAAAACCCUCCAUUCCACAAUGCAACAAGAGUUAGAGGUAUGGAAGGAACAAGCUUCUCAUAUGUGGAAUGUGGCAAAUGAUUAUCUUCGCGAGGUUCCUCCCAAUCAGCUCUAUGCCGCUGCUGCUAUUGCGCUUUUCACAACCCUGCUUCUUCUCUUACUGCGGCUUUUGAAGCGCACUAAGUCUAACACCAUUGUGUUGACGGGACUUAGUGGGAGUGGGAAAACCGUUAUCUUCUAUCAGCUUAGGGAUGGCUCUACUCACCAGGGUACUGUUACAUCAAUGGAACCUAAUGAAGACACUUUUAUUCUUCAUAGCGAAACAACGAAGAAGAAGAUAAAACCGGUUCAUAUUGUUGAUGUUCCUGGACAUUCUCGUCUUCGACCCAAAUUGGAUGAGUACUUGCCUCUAGCAGCUGGCAUAGUCUUUGUUGUUGAUGCUUUGGACUUCUUACCAAAUUGCCGUGCUGCCUCAGAGUACCUAUAUGAUCUGUUAACUAAGGGAAGUGUUGUGAGGAAGAAGAUUCCACUGCUUAUUCUCUGCAACAAAACCGACAAAGUCACUGCUCACACCAAAGAAUUUAUCCGCAGACAAAUUGAGAAAGAAAUCGACAAAUUACGGGUAUCAAGAAAUGCAGUUUCAGAUGCUGACGUUACAAAUGAGUUUACUUUGGGGGUACCUGAUGAGCCAUUUUCCUUUACACAGUGCGCUAACAAAGUUACAACUGCAGAUGCUUCUGGUUUAACCGGGGAGUUAUCUCAGCUAGAAGAGUUUAUCAGAGAACACGUGAAGCCAUAAAUGGAUAUUAUGUUUAAAUUCUGUUGAGUCAAAUUUAUCAUGAAUGGGGUUGUUCCUUUUGGAUUUUACAUCUUAAAACUCAACACAGGCUGGACUAAGAAAAAGAGAGGGCUAGGGUAGGAAUCACCAGUUGGGAUCCACGAGGAUCGACUUUAUUGGAAGUCUUUGAAUAUUGAUUUGAUUAUAAUGAUUCAACUGUUUGUCCGGAUA